CCGGGCGGAGCGAGAUGGAGCCGGCGGCGGAAUCCGGGCCGGCCCGGACGGGCUAUGAGCGUCUCACCGCUGAUGAGAUGGAUGAGCAGAGGAGACAGAAUGUCGCCUAUCAAUAUCUCUGUCGCUUAGAGGAAGCGAAACGAUGGAUGGAGGCUUGUUUGAACGAGGAGCUGGCCUCCCCUACGGAGUUGGAGGAGAGCUUACGGAACGGGGUCAUCCUUGCCAAGCUGGGACACUGCUUUGCACCAGACAUCAUCCCACUGAAAAAGAUUUAUGACCGUGAGCAGAUGCGCUAUGAGGCAACUGGACUUCAUUUUCGACACACGGAUAAUAUCAACCACUGGCGCGAGGCCAUGGCCCACCUGGGGCUUCCUACGAUCUUUCACCCGGAGACAACAGACAUCUACGACAAGAAGAACAUGCCACGGGUGGUCUAUUGCAUUCAUGCUCUGAGUUUAUACUUGUUUAAGCUGGGGCUGGCUCCACAGAUCCAGGAUUUAUACGGGAAAGUGAACUUUACAGAGGAGGAAAUUAACAACAUGAAGCGGGAGCUGGAGAAAUACGGCCUCCAGAUGCCAGCCUUCAGCAAGAUCGGCGGGAUUCUCGCCAGCGAGCUCUCCGUGGAUGAGGCGGCAGUCCAUGCCGCCGUCCUCGCCAUCAACGAAGCCGUGGAGAGGGGGGUGGUGGAGCAGACCAUGGUGGCCCUGCACAAUCCCAGCGCCAUGCUGCUCAACUUGCGAGAGAACCUCGCUGCCGUCUACCAGGAGAUGUUGUUCCAGGUGAAGAUGGAGAAAGCUGGCAAUGCCAGGAACCGGUACCUGCAGGAGAGCCCAGAAAGCGAGGAUAUUUACGACCGGUGUCUGACUCAGGCUGAAAUACAAGGGAACAUCAACAAAGUCAACGUGCACGGAGCGCUGGAAUACGUGGACGAUGCUCUGGAGAGGCAGGACCCUCUUGCUCUGUGCCGGGCCCUGCAGGAUCCCGUCCUGGCCCUGCGUGGUGUGCAGCGGGAAAACGCAGCCUGGUACUUGGAUCAGCUAAAUACUGAUCGGGAGCAGAAAGCGCUGGAGCUGGGCUACGUGGACCUGCUGGAGCAGGAGGAGGUGCAGGCGGGAGUCUACGCAGCCAAUGAGAGAGGAGAUCAGGAACACGCCAUGAGGCAGGCCGUGAGCCGAAUCAACGCUCGAUCCGCACGGGGGGAGGCGAUGGAGACGGUGCGAGAAUUGAUGAGCCCUGAGGCCCAGAUGCAGGCGUUUCCCUUCGCCGCCCAGCUGUACCAGCACGAGCUGUCCUGCUACAGCAACACCAUCCGCAGGGUGAGUUGGGGCAGGAGGACACUGUACGUUGCAGUGGAGAUGCUCUCGGCUGUGGCGCUGAUCGACCGGGCACUGGAAGCUGGGGACGUCUCUGGAUUCUGGAGUAGCCUGGUCAGCCCUGCCCUGGGCCUAUCUGAUAUCGAGGAUGCAAACGCACAGCGCUAUUUUGACGACUUGUUGAAACUGAAGCGCCGGUCUGGGAAAGCUGGGGUUGCGUUCCUGAGCUGGAACGACAUCCAGGCCUGUUGUGAACAGCGCCAACUUGGCGGUUGCAAGACGAAAACGGACAAGAUCCUCGCCAUCAGACUGAUCAACGAGGCGCUGGCGCAGGACGACCCAGAGAAGACGCUCACUGCUCUGCUGCUGCCCUCUGCCAGGUUCUCUGCCGUGACGCUCCCAGGAGCGAGGCGUUACCACGAUGUGCUGACCGCCGCUAAGCAGAAAGCCCAGGUGACUGGAGAUGAUGGAGCAGCUCUGGUGGGAGGAGAUCAGCAAGGGGUUUCCAAGGCCAAUCAGGACACCGAGGCAGCCAGGAGACUGGCUCUCGGCAUUGCUGCCAUCAACCAGGCCAUAAAAGAAGGAAAGCCGGCUCAGACGGCGCGCGUGCUGCGUAACCCGGACGUCUCCCUGCGCGGCAUCGUGGCAGAAUGUGCAGGGGCCUACCAGGCACAGCUUGCCGCCCUCCUGGCUGCCAAGAGACAAGCAGGAAACGCCAACCACAACUGGGUCAGACACCAGCUGAAAGAUGGCAGCGUGUAUUACUUCAGCCUGCAGAACUUCGAAGGCAGCUGGGAGCGGCCGCAUGACUGUGUCCUUAACUCCACCCACCUCAGCCGGGAGGAAAUCCAGUCGACGAUCACAGGAGUGACUGCGGCCCACGAUCGGGAACGCCUCUGGGAAUCCAACGCAGGAUUCGUCGUGAGGCUGCAGGCCCGCAUGAGGGGCUACCUUGUCCGCCAGGAAUUCGUGGCCCGCAGACAUCUGUUGCAGGAGCAGUUACCAGCUGUUAUCAAAAUUCAAUCAUGCUGGAGAGGAUACAGACAGCGCAGAGAUUACCUGCAAAGAUUACAGUACUUGCAGAAAACCAGAGAUGCUGUGAUAAAGAUCCAGGCAUACGUGAGGAUGUGGCGAGCUCGUAAAAGGUACCGGGAACGACUGCGCUACUUCAGGAAGAACAUUAAUGCUGUAAUUAAAAUCCAGGCUUUUGUGAGAGCUAACAAGGCCCGUGGGGAUUACAGGAUGUUGGUCCACGCCAGGGACCCACCACUGAGCAUCGUCCGGCAUUUUGUCCACCUGCUGGAGCAGAGCCAGCACGACUUCUGGGAGGAGUCAGAGCUGCUGAAGCUGCGGGAGGAGGUGGUGAAGAGGAUCCGCUCCAACCAGCAGCUGGAGAGCGACCUCAACCUUAUGGACAUCAAGAUCGGGCUUCUGGUUAAGAACAGGAUCACGCUGCAGGAGGUGGUUUCCCACUGCAAGAAGCUGACGAGAAAGAACAAAGAGCAGCUGUCGAACCUGAUGGCCAUCGACAAGCAGAAGGGGCUAAAGUCGCUGAGCAAGGAGAAGCGCCAGAAGCUGGAGGCCUAUCAGCACCUCUUCUACCUGCUGCAGACCCACCCUGUGUACCUGGCUAAGCUGAUUUUCCAGAUGCCCCAGAACAAGUCGACCAAGUUCAUGGAAUCGGUGGUCUUCACGCUCUACAACUACGCAUCCAACCCCAGAGAGGCCUAUCUGCUCCUUCAGCUCUUCAAAACCGCCCUGCAGGAGGAGAUCAGGUCUAAAGUCGACCAGCUCCGUGACAUCCUAACGGGGAACCCCACCGUGAUCCGGCUGGUGGUGAGCUUUUACCGGAACGCCCGCGGGCAGAACGCCUUGCGCCAGAUCUUGGGCAGCCCCGUGCAGGAGGUUCUGCAGGACAAAACCCUCAGCAUCCGCACCAACCCCGAGGACAUCUACAAGGCCUGGAUCAACCAGCUGGAGUCUCAGAGCGGACAAAAGAGCAAGUUCCCAUAUGACGUUAGCCCCGAGCAGGCCCUGAGCCACCCCGAGGUUCAGCGUCGGCUGGACAUCUCCAUCCGCAACCUCCUGGCAGUGACGGACAAGUUCCUCUCUGCUAUCACCUCUUCUGUGGACAAAAUUCCCUACGGAAUGCGUUACGUGGCCAAAGUCCUAAAGACGUCCCUGGCUGAGAAAUUUCCAGCCGCCGGCGAGGAGGAUAUCUGCAAGAUUGUCGGGAACCUGCUCUAUUACCGUUUCAUGAACCCAGCUGUGGUGGCUCCGGACGGCUUCGAUAUCGUUGAUAUCUCUGCCGGCGUGGCCCUGCACCCGGAGCACCGGCGCAACCUGGGCUCCAUUGCCAAGAUCCUGCAGCACGCGGCGGCCAAUAAGAUGUUCGAGGGGGAAAACGGCCAUCUGCGGGUGGUGAACCAGUACCUGGAAGAAACCCACUCUAAGUUCAGGAAGUUCAUCUGUGCUGCCUGUUCCGUCCCUGAGCCGGAAGAAAGGUUUAAUGUGGAUGAGUACUCGGAGAUGGUAGCUGUGGCCAAGCCAGUCAUCUACAUCACAGUGGCGGAGCUCAUUAACACCCACAAGCUGUUACUAGAGCAUCAGGACUCCAUUUCGCCCGAUCACAAGGAUCCUCUGCAUGAGCUUCUGGAAGACCUUGAUGAGCUGCCUACUGUCCAGUCUCUAAUAGGCGAGAGCGCUCCGAAUCCGGGUGGUGAUAGCCCCGAGCAAGCACUGGCCCAGCUCGGAAAGCAGGAGGUCUCGCUCACCCUCACCAACAAGUUCGAUGCAGUGGAGGCCAGUAGCGAGGAGGCGGAUACAAGGAGCUUGCUGCUGAGCACCAAACAGAUGCUAGUGGAUGUGAUCCAGUCCCAGCCAGGGGAUUCCCUCCUGGAGAUCUUACAGACAGCUGCAUCGGAGGAUCAGGAAGCCUUCCAUCACCACCAGAUGCACAGACGGGCCCUGCGCGAGGCCCAGACCCCGGACAGGUUGAAACGCAACCGCUCCCUGGCUGGCAACAGCCAGCUCUCCAUGGAAGAGAAAAAGCGGAAAGUCAUCCGGAACCUGCGGCGCUUGGAGAACCUGGGGGUGGUGGACUCGGCCAAUCAGUACCAGGAGAUCAUCAAUGAGAUGGCCAAGGAUAUUCGCAAUCAACGGCGUUACCGGCAGCACCGCAAGUGGGAGCUAGUGAAACUGCGGCAGACCCUCUGCGGCCUCAACUCCAAGACCUCGUUUUAUGAGGAGCAAAUCGACUAUUACAAUCAGUACAUCCGCACGUGUCUGGACAACCUGGCUGCCAGCAGCAAGCUCAACGGAAAAAGCAAGAAGCAGCAGUCGCAGCACUACACGGCGGCGCGGCUCUUUGAGAAGGGCGUAUUGCUGGAGAUAGAAGAUCUGCCUGUCAGCCAGUUCCGGAACGUGAUUUUCGACAUCAUUCCGUGUGGGGAAGCUGGCAAGUUCCAGGUGAAGGCCAAAUUUAUGGGGAUCGACAUGGAGAAGUUCCAGCUCCACUAUCAGGAUCUGCUGCAGCUUCAGUAUGAAGGUGUGGCCGUCAUGAAGCUCUUCGACAAGGCCAAAGUCAACGUCAACCUGCUCAUUUUCCUCCUCAACAAGAAGUUCUUCAGGAAGUAGCAGGGGGGUGGGAUGGGGGGGAGGGAGGGAAUCUGCCAAAGAGAUUUCAGGGACAGAAUCUGGCUUCUGAAUGGUACCUUGCUAAGGAGAGGGGAAGACUACAGAGCCGGAGCCAUUGCCGUUAACUCUCUUGUGCCCAGAACUGGCACACUCGAGCUCUUCUACAUCAAGCUGUAUCUUGUUGCUUUGGGGGUUAAAUCUGGAUCCCAGCAUACACGUGGGGGGUGAGGGGGAGAUGCUUGUGCCUCCCCUAUUCAGGGGCUGGCGCAUGCUCGGGCAGAGCACCCCUUACAGCUGUCCUUUUUGUUGCAAUGGUCCCUAGGGGGCUUUGCAGUGGUCUAGAAUGACUGGUGUGCAGGUCUGCCCCAUCUGUCUGCCCCCUUGCAGCUGUGGGGCUUAUGGCUGAUCUGCAGUCCCUUUUGCGGCAAUCGAGCGGGUGCCCCAGGGUCUGAGUCCUCAGUGCCUUAUCCAUGCUGCUGCUGCUGCUUUGGCUAGAUAGGCAACACUAUUACUCCAAGCUGCCGCACACUUCCUACGAACAAGGCGAUUGUUUAUUUUAUUUUGUGUGUUUUUAACUAGGCUGAGACUUUUUUACGCAUUGAGUUGCUGAGCUCCGGCUUAUCCCUUCUCAGCCACGCGAGCACGAGGUUGGAUAUUUUUUCACGCUGCCCCCGCUGCGGGUGAAACCAGUGAGGCGGGUGAAACCAGCGAGACGCGUGAGAGCUCUUGCUCUGCACCGACGCGUGCAAACGAUCCACACACCACGUGUGGGUCCUCUCCCAGGCGGGGUCUCUGCUGAACGGCAGCGGAUCAGUCUCAGGCCUAGCUGAAUAGCUGGUAUUGGGCUACUCUUAGCACAAGGCAUGAGUGUGUGUGUGUGUGUGAGGGGUUAGCAGUCUCUGUGACUUUUUAAUGGAUAUUUAACCCUUUUUUUACACUAGUAUUUUUAGAUGUUUUGAGUUCUGAGUUUAGUUCUCUCAGGUCACUUUGUCAGUGGCUGUUUGACACUGAGGGUUUGUAGGCUGUAGACUUGAUCUUUCGCUUUUUUUUUUUAAAGAUACAUUGAUUGUAAUUAUUUUUUCCCUACCCCAGCAAAAAACCCCCAGCUACCUCUGUUUUUUCUCAGUCAGAAUUAGCUUGCCCAUAGAUGAAGAAAAAUCCCAUAAAGCUACCAGUGCUGGCCACCCUACAUUAAUAAACACUGUGGGUGCGCUGCCUGAGACCCAUGGGUAGCCCUACAAUAAUAAACCAGUGUGCAACAGAGAGCAGCUGAACCCUAAUUAAGGCCACUAACUUCAUUUUAAAGGCUCCAAGGGGUUCCAGUGGGGAAAAAUGGAUCAACAUAGCUCAGCUCACCAAUUGCAAUCUGUCGUAAAGUGCAGGGCAAGGGGGUAUGGUCAUGUCAAAAUUAGGGGAGACCUCAAGGGUGUGAUUUGUUUGUUUAAAUCUUCAUGUUCUCUGGGUGGUGUGUAGCCCUGGCAAAUGGAAGGAAUUUGGGGGGUGAAUCAUUGUCCAUCUUGGAAGGCUAGGAAAGAGGGUAAACGUGAGUGAUUAACAUCUGAUAGAGGUGACUCUGGAAUGAAUAAUCCUGAGGGCACAGGAAGGGAAGUGCAAACUAGGCCCUCGGUCUUGUGAGACACUCACAUCUGUGUUUAAGCACAAGUGCUGCUAUUGAUUUGAACGGGGGGCAGGAGGGUGGUGCCUGCUCACCCCAGUCAUGGCCCAGCACUCUGUGGUGCUAGGCACUGUCAAAAUGCAAAGACAGCCCCUGCCCCCGAGAAUUUUCAAUCAAAAGUGCCACAAGAGUGAGUUGGUGCUCGAAGCUGAGCGUGCGCGUUUGUGGGAGCAGGGGCGCGGAUGGCUGAUGCCUGUACUAAAAAGCCCCCCUCUUUCUUGCCCCCUUAUUUACUCUGAAUUUUUCUUUUAAAUAACUUUUAGAACCCCAUUAAGACGCUAAUGAAACCUGCCACCCUAGCACCAGUAACACUGCGCUGCCUGUGCCGAGGAAUGUAUUGAGAAUGCUUACAAGUGCCUGGUAUAGUCAGGCAGCACAACAAGCCAGUGAACGCUUGAAAUUACUUGUGUUUAUAAUAUUGUGUCACGGGUGGGCGGGACACUUCACAGGGCUUGUCUUUACAGCAGAGUGAACUCGAGUUCUGGCCCUAGGUCAGAUUCCGUCCACAUGUGCGCACACCCCCUUUAACUCAGGUCGGCUCAGUCAUGAGCUACACCUUGAUUUAGCCCAACACGUCAGCUAUCACAGUUGCUCUGGGCAGCAUAAGCAUGAGCAGCCACACUGGAGCGAGGCUAGCUCGAGAGGCCUGACCCGAGUCUGCAGCGAAGACAUCACCAUAGAUAAGGCAGUGUGGUUCAGUGCCCUGGCAGCCAGGAGACUAGGGUUCUAUCCACAGCUUGGAUGUGCCUCAGUUUCCCUCUGUGUAUAACAGGGGUAGUAUAAUAAUACCUACUUCAUUAUAUAGAUAACCAUUUAACAUCCACCCGUAUAAAGCAAUUUGAGAUCUGGGGGUGAAAAGCCUUGUGUUAAUGCCAUGGGUUAAAACGGGCAGGUCUCUGCCCAACUGAUCUUAGACUAGAUACUAGAUACAUAACUCUUAGGAUGCUGGCGUUUUCCAUACUGCUUGCCAAGGCAUAUUGCUGGCCAGAUCCUCAUCUGAUGCAAAUUGGCAAUGGAGCGUGGCUGACUUACACCAGUUGAGGCUCUGACCCUGCAGGUAUAAGGGUGCAGCCUUCAAAAGGCAAGAGAUAUUCCCUGAGUUUGAUGUUCAUGGUAACGAAGGACAAUUGCUUUAGCAGCUGUAGGAAAUUUAGCUAAAAAUCCAGCUUCAGUGAUGAACCCUUUUCUCCUUUGCUGAUACAAUGACACCUACUGGCCUAAGAGACUAUCGCCUUUUAAAAUGCAUUUCGGCUUCAACCUUUUUGAAUCUGGGACAGUGAGUUGGCGUUAGCUUAACAAAGCAGUUUUAUACCAAUUAGCCUUUUAUUUUAUUUUUCCAAUUGCAUCAUGAUUUUGCAGAAGCUGGGUAGUGAGGUACUAUUAAAUCGUAUAUUGUUUUUAAAAGGACUAGGAGUUAUGGUAGAUCAAACUGAGUAUGAACCAACAAUGUAAUGGUGGAAUUGCAAAAUAGGCAAAUAUCAUUCUGGGGUGUAUUAACAGGAGUGUCGUAUAUAAGACACAGGAGGUAACUGUUCCACUCUACUCAUCAUGAGUGAGGCCUCAGCUGGAGUCCUGUGUUCUGAUCUGGACACUACGCUUCAGGAAAGACAUGGAUACAUUGGAGAGAAUCCAGAAGAAGCAACACAAAUGAUCAAAGGUUUAGAAAACCUGACCUCUGAGGAAAUGCUAAAAAACCUGGGCAGGUUUAGGCUUGAGAAUAGAAGACUGAGGGGAAGGAAUCAGUCUUCAAAUAUGAUCAGAGUGAUGUACGAUCAGAGUGGUCAAUUGAUCUCCAUGUGUACUGAAAGUAGGACAAGAAAUAAUGGGCUUAGUCUGCAGUAAAGGAGAUUUAGGUUAGGUAGUAGGAAAAAAAAGUCUCAGGUGUACGUCAUCCAUGAUCAUCUCACCUGGCUGUUUCAUAACCUCCUCAGCUGUUAGAUUUAUACUACACUCCAUCUGAAGAUGGAGCCAGCUCUAAACUUAGGACUCCUGGAUGUCCUUUGUGCUGGGAGCUGUACAUACAUGUGGUCAGGGACAAUCCCUGUCCCCCAGAGCUUCGGCCAGGUCUGCACUAAGGUAUAGCUAUGCCAGUGCACUAUCCUGCCAACGUGCUCGUAGUGUGGAUGCAGCCUAUACUAGCAAACCUGCACAGUUAGCAAUAUCACUUAUUGCACUCCACCGCUGAGUGAAACAAACAUGGUUUUGCCAGUGUAACUGGAUCAGCACUCAGGCUUUCUGCCGGCUCAGCCAUGUAGAUCAGAAAUCACUCUGGAUUGCCAUUGCUACGUCAGUAGAAGGCUGUAGUGUAGACAUGGCCUCAGUCUAAAUAGGCAAGAUAGACAAAAGUUGAGAGAAAGGGAUGGUUUAUCUCCAGGUUGCAGAUGGGGAGCCGAUGUAUGUUUACACAGCCCACAGCAGCGACUCAGUCCACAGACUUGGGUUCACACUCGUGCUCGAAAACUAUGUAGGCAGCACUUCAAAGUUGGAGCGUAGGGGCUGAAGCCCCCUCUGCUCCUUGGGCUUCACAGCCUGACCCCCAACCUGAGCUGCCCACACAGUUGUUUUUAGAGCGCUAGCUCCAGGCGGCUGACCCAGACAUACACAGAGUGGCUGGGCUUGAUUCUCUGUUGCCCGGAUCCUCAGAGCCCUUUUGCGCCCAGCCAGAAUGAAUGUAAAAUGCUACCCUGCUGUAGCAAUGUACACCCUCUGCCAGGCAACAGAAUCGAGCCUGCUUUCACUCCAGAAGCUGGGACUUGAGACCCUGGUCUGAGUCCCGAUCCAGCGCCUUAAACCGCUAGGCUCUCCAAUUACGAGGGUGCAGUGGGGAUUUAUGCUCAGAAAUUCUGCCAGUUCCAUAAGGCUGCAGCCUUGCAGGGGCCAAGUCGUGUUCCCUUGAUGAUGCCAGGGCAGCGCAAAGAAGUCUUUUAAAGCGGAUGUAAACCAGUCACCCUCGUGGUUGUGAGGCUAAGCGCACUGAAGAUUGCAAGGUGCUUGGGUACUAUGUUAUUGGAAGGCAGAUCAGUACCAAAGACACUUAAAGGGGCCUUAAUAUAAACGAGACUUGUGCUCGAAGGGCUCCCGAACCUGGCCAAACACAAGCUCUCCUACGGCGAAGCGCCGUCAGGAUUCUGCCUGCAUGGCUGAAACAGGACCGGCUCACCCAUCCAGCCCGGCUGCUGUGUUCCUCGCUAUUUCUAGUUAGAGCUGAUGCUGUUUGGAAUCUGUUCUAAAAUGUAGCAUCAUUAGAACUAAACCCGUCGCUGCCGCUGCUUUCCAUGCUAUGAUGCAUGUUGGAUUUAGACUUCUGACCAGCCCAAUGGCCGGAAAAGGCCUAAGACAUCCAACAUUUUGGGGGCUGUUUCAGUUGGCUUUUAACCCAAACCAAAGGCCCUGGGACGCGCUUUUUGUCUAGUGAUGUUGCAGUCAACCAAUUGCCAGCUGUUCUAUUAGGGCCCAAUCCUGCAGGGUGCUGAGUGCACUGGCCCUGAUCCGGGAAAGCUAAGUGUGUGCUUAACUGCUAAGUAGGUGACUAAUCCCAUUGAAGCACAUGGGGCUAUUGGCCAUGCUUAAUGGGGGCUAAAGUGCUCUGAACUGUCAAGGAUCCAGCCCCCAAAUAGGCCUGACCCUGCCAGGUUUGCACAUGCUCCAUUCCCUUGAGACCAGACCCUGCUCCUCUUUGCAUUGGAGUAAACCAAGAAUAACUCUGCAGAAGUCAGCAGCGUUUCACUGCUAGAGGGAAAAAAUGGCGAGCAGAACUGGGUUGGCAGACGUCAGUAGGGAUAGGGAGCGCUGGGGAUCGCUCAGAACAGGGUCCUAAAGAGAAAUCCUGGUAGCAAUCGAGGACCUGACCCUCAUUUACACUCAGGGCCCCCUUCGCACCACUCUGGCAGUAAAAGGAGCUUCAAAUGAGUCUAAAUUACAGUUGAGGCCUGAUAUUUUAACUGUAACUUACUGAAUCUUAGUCUCCAUUACUCGGCUGGUGCAGCACAAACGGGCCCUGUGUGUGAAUGAGGAUCAGACCCUCACACCUAUGCAUUUAUUCAUGUAACUCACGGUGUUGUCCUGCUGCUCUGGUUAUUCUCUCACAGAGGGGUUAAAUGGGGAACUGUAAAUCUGUCUGUCUUGGAGCUCUGUUCCUGCAGUGUCUGUGGGAGGAAUUUUUGUCUUUUUGUCAUUCGAUUGCUGUACGUAGUGUGUUAAUCCUGCCUCUCCAGGCUUGUGCCCAGUGUAUUCAAAUCUCCAUGGCUUCUCUGUGCCCACGCCUCACU